AUGGCUUCUAAAACUGAUUUGGAUUGGACGUCUGUAAAAUUUGUUUUUUACGAUACAGGUUCCAAUGCAAAAGUCAAUUUGUAUACUUUGCUUAAAUUUAUUGAUCAAAGUGAAAAAUGUUUGAGUGAACAUGACGUCAACGAGAACAAAUUUUACUUCUAUUUUUUCACAUUAGCCGCCAAUUACAUCGGUCGUCAUUGUAAUAUAUUUCAAAAAAAUGAGUUAUCUACAGUUAGCAAGAGCUGUAAAGUUCUUUUGAAAUUCCUUCUAACAUACAUGGGACAAGUUGACGCAAAUGAUAAUAAUUGGGAUAGUUACUCAUCUCAUUUAAAUUUAGCAUUGGCAGCUAUUUCAGCAUUAUGUUCUGGAAAGCCGUUGAAUACUUCAGAAUUUGUGUCUGUUGUAAUGUGUAUAAAAGAAUGGCCAUCUAAUGCACCAACUUUCGGAGAAAAAGAAAAAGAGAAAGAAAGUAAAAAAUCUCUAGCUUACUCAUCAAUUUCUGAACAAAUGAUUAGACCACUAGAUAGAAGUAAAAUUCGCUUAAAUGAUUCUUUGAAAAAAGAUGAAAAGGAUAUCAAGAAGUUGUUAAUUAAGAACAAUAUAUCUGCUUUACAAGAUAUGGGAGCAAAUAAUGUAAUUUUUAAAACUUGCACUAAACUACCAAUUCUUAAAAGAUAUAUCACAGAAAUUCAACUGAAUUCUACGGAGGAACAGAAUAUUCAACAUGCUACUGAAUCAACUGGUGCUAAGAUUUCGUAUAGAUUUGUGCUUUUGGAUAUGACUUUUGUUGAAAAUGCAUUAGCAUUACCAAUAUUUGAACCAUUAACUGUUGUGUGUCUACAACAACUUACAAGUAUUAUGACAGCUUGUCUCAGACUUGCUUUAUUUGUGCAAAGUGUUCAUAAUAACUCUUCAACAAGUACAGAUAGCAUAAAUAUUGAAGAUGAUGUUAUGUGGAAUCAAGCUGUUCAGGCAAUUGAAAAAACUGUCAUUAUUAUGCAAACAGUAUCUGAUAUACUAAAAAAAUUUUCGUAUUCUGUGCAUCAAAACUAUUAUAUGAUUGUUAUUUGGAUUCUUAUUAAUGGCCUUCAAGAUAUUACAAUGAAAAAUUAUGAAAAUAACUCAAUAAAAGAUGAUAAAGUCACUAAAACUAAAAAAGAAAUAUCAAAGCCAACUGCAAAAAACUCUUUCAAUGUUUUAUCAGUGGCAUUAGCAAAUGAAAUGAUCACUAUGAUUGUUGAACUUUUGGAAAAUGCAAGAAAAGAAUCAUCUUCAGAUCAACUUAUGAAACUUAUUGACUUUGAAUCUGAAAUAAUUCCAGCUCCAUUGGAUAUCUGUGCUAAGGCAAGAGCAUGUGGUCGACUUCUCAGAAUUUUUCAAACUGUACCUUUGAUUAAAUUCUUUUAUCAAUUAGCAGCAAUAAGUCAUCGAAAAGUAAUGUGUCUUGUAUUAAAUAAAAAUAAAAAUAAGAUAAAUCGCACUAUAAGUUUGGAAUCAAUAGAUAUGUUGCCUGGAACACCCGAAAGUGGAGCACCUCAAGAUGCAGAUGAAGAUAAUGAGUCUUUGUUUGGUGCUUGGUUUGAAGAAGUACUGACUUCAGGAGAUCAACAAAUUGAAAAUGUGUCCUCUAAAACACAAGCAUCUGAUUAUAUGGAUUUAGAUAAAAGUGUAUUAAAUCAAUCAAAUUAUAGUGUUGUCCCCGAUAAUGAUGAUCCAGAAGGGUAUUUAGCACUAAUAAUAAGAAUAUUCAAUGUAUUGGACAUAUAUUUCUUAAAUGCUGAGUGUGAUUACAUUUUCACUUAUAUGUCUAAAACAAUUCAAACUGAUAACCUUAUUGUAUUAGCUAAAUUGAUCGGAGAAGUAGACUGGGCACCUGUUAAUAAUGAUUUAUCUUCCAUUGUUGACUCUCACCAAAAUGUUUCUUCAUCUAUUGGAAUAUUUAUUCAUAAUUUGAUUGCUCGAGAUUACUUAUCAGAAAAACAACAAGAUGUAUUCCUUGAACUAUUAGGGAUAAAAAUACCUUUAGAUGCUUUAGGCAGUAAAUGGUCAUUACAAAUCUAUCCUAGAACUUUAUCAAUAUUAGCUCAAGUUUUAUUAAAAAAACACAUAUCAGAAAGAGAUGAAUUAUCUACAUACAUAUGGCAAAAUAUGAUUAAUGCAUUGAGCAGUAUAAUUAAUCGCCCUCAAAGUAGUAAUAAUGAUUUUGAAGAUUUGAAUGUGGAACAUACACAGCUAUUAAUAUUUUUGUUCAACUUAAUGUCGUUAACCCAUAAAAAAGGAAUUCUAUUAGCUAUUUGUAAUACUAUUGUAGGUGCCAAAUGUGUUUUGAAGCCGGUUUACAACAAUCAUAUUUUAGCUUUAAGUAGAUUACUUCUUUUAUUCGACUACUUAGUUCGAAGAUUGUAUGAUGUACCUGAAUAUUUACUAUCUCAGGUUGAAUGGAACUUGAUGCGCAUUAAAAGUGAAAUAAAAGUAGAUGGUGAUGAAGUACAAACAACUGAUGAAAAUACUUACAUGCUAUAUAACACAAUAGAAGAAAACUUUCGUAGAAGGUCGGAUAGUGUUGGGUGCUCGACAGCUGUAAUUCCUUGUUUUUAUAAGCUAUUGGAUGAGAAACAAGCUGUAAAUGAUGCUCCUAAGCUGGAUGGAUUGGCCCUUAAUUUUAUACUCAACCAUCCAGAAAAGUUAAGCUAUCCUCAAUUAAUAGAAGCCCUCUUGGAUAUAACUACAACAUUAAAUAUAUGUAAUGAGUCUUAUGUAGAUGACAAUGGAAUUGAAAAUAAAAUCUCCCAAUAUUCAAAUCCGUUAACCCUAUGUAGCAUUGAAUAUUGUUUUACGCUUGCAUGGAAGCUAUUAUUAUCAUUACCUGUUCCUAUUCAAAAAAUACAAGACAUGAUGAAUGAAAAAACUCGUGGAUUUGAUUCGUCAAAUUUGUUAUAUUUCUUAAUUUGGGGUCCUAGAACUGGUUCUAAAAUUUACUAUCAUUUUUUAAAGGAAGGCUUGUACAAACAAAUUUGUGCUUUGGAAAGCAAUGAAAAUCCUACAGAUACAAACGAUAAAUUAUGUUCUAGAGAAUUAUUGAAAUUAGUAUCUUCAGUAGCUUCAACAAUACAAUAUGAUUAUCAAGUAGCAGAAAUCCAUUUUAUUCAACAACUUCGUCAAACAGAUACUACAAAAAAAAAUAGCUUUCCAAUGUUAUUGGAUGUUAUACUGUUUGAUGCUGUUAUUUCAAAAAUGUAUAUACAAUUUAAACCAGGAAAAACACCUGAAGAAAUUUCCAAUGAUUCUAAUACUGAAUAUAUUCAAGUACUAAUGCCGUAUUGUAUUGAAUUAGCUAUGUUGACAUUUACCAAUAUUAAAAAUAACCUUCUCCAUCAAAUUUCUAAUUUGAACCAAACUCAGAAGUAUUCAAUGGGUGAUUUAACAAAUUUGAAAAUAAUUUUGUCAAUGACAAAUAACAAUUCAUCUUUAGAGUUUUCUCCAAUCACUUACAAUUUACCUUCUUUAUUGUUUGAAACGAUUCCAUCGUGGAUUGUAUCAAUUUUAACAAAAUGGAAUUCAGUUCCUAUUGGCCCUCUGUUGAAGAACUCUAGUUUGGAUACUUCACCGGAAUAUUUAAUUCAAAAUAUCAUAAAACAUCAUUUAUCUUUUGUCUCCAGUCAGUCAAUAUAUUUGAACACCCCAUCCUUAAAACGAUUACUUAAUACACUCGUUGUAUUUAUCACAGAAAAUAUACAAUUAUGCAGUGAUUGUAAAUUACGAUCUGAUUUCGCAAAUCUUUUGAGUUCCAUGAUCAUUGACUGUUCAUCAGAAAAUCUUUUGGAACAUAUUAUUCCUACAUUGGAGAAAUUACAAAAUCCUGGAGAUCAGGACCCAGCUACUAUGAUAUCCAUGCUUAUAAGUAAAAAUAUAAGGAAAUUAGCAAUUCAAUAUAAACGCGAUGAUACUACCAACACAGAUUAUUUAACUGAGAAAGUUUUGAUACAUAGUCUUUUUUGGAUUGAACAAUUAAUAUUUGAUUUUUCAUCUGCCCGAUAUGCUGUUCUACGAACAUUUUGUGGAAAUGCGCUUAAAGAAGGUAUUUCAAUGAAGAAAUUUAUUUCAUCUGGAGUCUUUGUUAAAACACUUGUUAGAUUAACCAACCGGUUAUUCUCAAAUCUUAAAAUAAGUAAUAAUCAAGAUAUUAAAACAAUGUGCCGCACAAUUAUUGAAUUAUCAACUGACCCGAAAAAUAGAUUGGAUCUUUGGCUACAAAGAAUUAUUGUUGGUUGGAACAAAGAUAAAGAUUUAAUUGAUGCUACUAGUACUUUAUCCCGGGAAUUAACUGCUUUUUUGAGUGAUAAACAUACCAAUUCAAUAAAACAUUUUAUCAACAAUAUAUCGGCUUCAAUUGAUCUUGAAGAAAAUUUUGAAUUGAUCAAGAAUAUGAUUGAUUAUAUUGUUGGAUUAGAUACAAAUGAUGAAUUAAAAACCAAAGCUUCAUUAUGUUAUCUAGAAACAUUAAUACCAAUUGUGACUUACACAUUAGCUUUUGAAAAUGGAGAUGGGUUUUCAAAAAUGUUUGCUCAGAUGGUACGCUUAGCAGAUUAUGGAGGUCCCUCUGGCCAUGUGAAGUUAUUUAAAGCUAGUGUUAAGUUACUUGAUUCUAUUAAAAAUUGGCUUAAAUCUAACAUGGCAAAUAUAGAAAUAACUGAACCCAAACAAUCAUAUCCACCAGUUGUGAUUGCAUCUAGUUGCUUGAUGAAUUACGUAUCGGAUAUUAUAGCUGCUAUGCAACAUAAUGAUUUAGAAAACUCUGUAUCUCCAUCAUUAGACUCCAUGUCUUUAUUCUAUUAUGAUGGUAUGGAGUUUGAUGGAUUUUUACCUAAUAAUGAUGGCGACAGUGAAACUUUGAAUGAAGAUUCUGAUGAAGAUAGUUUAUACUAUAGACUUUGUACAUUUACUGUUACUCAAAAAGAGUUUAUGAAUCAACAUUGGUAUCAUUGUCAUACGUGUAAGAUGAUAGAAGGUGUUGGAGUUUGUAGUAUAUGUGCUAAGGUUUGCCACAGAGGCCAUGAUGUUACUUACGCUAAAUUCGGAAACUUUUUCUGUGACUGUGGGGCAAAAGAAAACAAUUUUUGUCAAGCAUUAAUUAAAAGAAAUCCUAACUCAAUCCUUGAUGUAAAUAAUCCACGAGAUAAAACAGCUUCAAUUGAAGGCGGAAAUUCAGCUACAGAUCAAGAUCGCAUAGAUAGUCAUAGCACGUCUGCUCCUAAUCAUAAUCAAGAUCCAAGACAUAUGAGCACAAGAAGUUUAGAUUAUGAAUCUGUCGUGUUGGAUUCACUUCCUGCCACGUAUAAGAAUCUAUUAAUGCCAACAAUAUUGGAUCAUUCUCAAAUUAUUGAGCCAACAUUAGAUCUUUGUCAACAAUUAAUAAACGUGGUUAUUAAAUCUGGUGAAAAAAAUUCAGCAAUUGGUUGUAAUACUAGAGCUGUAUAUACAUUAAACGACUUACAGGAAUUAGAAAAAACUAUUGAAGUAUCAGAUAGUCUUAUGCUACCUACAAUGGGAUCUCAAGAAGGUGCUUUUGAAAAUGUUAAGAUGAAUUUUAGUGGAGAUCAAGGUCAAACUAUCCGACAGCUUCUUUCUGCCCAUAUGAUACGACGUGUUGCAAUGUGUUGUUUAUCAUCUCUUCAUGGUAAAAGACAACAUUUAGUUGCUGUAUCACAUGACAAAGGAAAAAUAGCAGUUCUGCAAAUGAGCUCAUUGUUAAAACAGUCUGAUAUAUCUAAACGCAAAUUAACUUUAACACGACUAUCCUCUGUUUCUAUCCCAUUUACUGUUUUAUCAGUUACUGCAAAUUCUGUUAAUGAAGACUUCCUUUCUGUGUGUGGACUAAAGGACUGUCAUAUUUUGACAUUCAAUACAAGUGGAACAGUUAAUGAACACAUUGUUCUUCAUCCAACUUUAGAAGUAGGAAAUUUUAUGAUUCGAUCGAUUUGGCUCCCUGGGUCACAAACUAGUUUAGCACUUGUGUCUGCUGAAUUUGUUAAAAUUUAUGAUUUGUCCAAGGAUGUUUUAAGUCCUCAAUAUUAUUUCCUUGUACCUACUGGAAAAAUACGAGACGUGACAUUUAUGUGUACAGAGGAAAAGUCAACUAUGAUAUUAAUAUCAUCUGGGGGUUAUAUCUAUACACAAGAUAUGGAUGUAAGUAGCUCAGCUGUCCAUGGUCCAUUUUAUGUGACCAAUACUAUUGAUAUUGUCCAUCCAGAUAUAAGUGAUGUAAAUGGCCAAGUUUGUGGAGGUGGUGUAUCGGUGUAUUAUUCGCAUACACUGUCACUAUUAAUGUUUAGUUAUGUUACUCCUGGGCGCACAUUUAUAGCACCUUUAGAUGAAGAGAGAUAUCAAGGUGGUGUCAUUACAUUACAUCCAGUUUUUGCAAUAAAUUCACAAACAUCAAGUCCUAGUGCUAAAAAUAAAAGUAACAUUAGCCAGGCAAGUACUUCAGCUCCUCCUACACAACCUAUGUGGCAGUGGUCUGAAGUUCCUGGACAUCCUGGUUUAGUAUGUGCAAUACUACAAUCUAGUAAUACUCCAGUUGUAUUUAUGAUAACACCAAAAGUUAUCAGUCUUCAAGAAAUUAAGUUGGCUCAGACAAAAACUAAGAUUACAGAUAUGGUUGCUGUACGCCACCCUUUGUCAAAUGGAGAUUAUAGAACAACAUUAAUAAUUUUAUGCGAAGAUGGUAGUCUCCGUAUGUUUUUAGCUGCUAAAGAGCAAACAGAUUUUUGGUUAUCACCAUCUAUUCAGCCUUCAUGUCACAUAACAUCAUGUAAAUUAAAGAAAAAGAAAAUUAGUAAAUCUGGAAAAUCAACAGGAAAUACCUCUUCAUUUCCAAUUGACUUCUUUGAAUAUUGUGUAGCUAUGAAUGAAAUUGAAUUUGGUGGUAAUGAUUUGUUGCAAAUUUAUAAUCCUCAACAAAUCAAACAUAGGCUGAACAGUAAUGGUAUGUAUGUUGUGUCUACAAAACCACGAUUUAGCAUUGAAGUUAUUAAUAAUGAUCCUACAAUGGUAAUGGCUGGAAUUAGAAUUAAUGUGGGAGGUCAAGAUAUAGGACGUGCACCUGGCUAUAUAGAAGUGCUGGGACGCACUUUGCAUUUGUUACCUAUUAACCGAAGUCGAUGGUUUGAUUUUCCAUUAACCAGAGAGGAAAGCCUUCAAAGUGAUAAAAAAUUAGUAAUUGUGUUUGGCCCAUCACGAGAUCCUGAAGCUGUUACUAUGAUAGACUCUGUAAAAUUAUAUGGAAAAACUAAAGAAUCAUUUGGAUGGCCUGAUGAUGUUGAUGAUAUUAGCAGUGGUACAAUUUAUGGUUCAACAUCAACUAGUACUGUAGUUACUUCAAAUCAAUUUAAUCCUCAAGAAAAAGAGUUGCCUUUAACUGGAUUUGCUGUCAAUUAUUUAGACAAGUUUGUUAUUGGAUUGUUGACAAUAUUAGAAAAUAGCUUUUAUAGUAUCAACCACUCAUUGAACGAAGAGGAUGAAAGUUUUCAUCUAAUAAAACUAAGCAUGGCUGUUUUACAACCGGAAUAUCACAUAUUUAAAGAUCAAUCCAUGUUAACUUAUAUAUUACAAUCUUUACUUGAUUUCGAACGUGAGGAUCCCAAAAUUAUGGAUGCGGAAGCUUACUAUAGACUUGUAUUAAUUACUCGAGGCAUUACAGUUUGCCGACCACAACAUUUAUCCAACUUUGAAAGGACUCAUCAUGAAGAAUUGGAUUAUAAUAAUGAACAAUCAUCACAAUGGUGUCAACCACUUAUUUCAAAGCUCAUUUCUGUAUUUUGGAUACUGUAUUAUAAUAGACCUAAAAAUCCAUCCUAUUGCACAAUUUAUGUACCUGGUUUGAAACAUACAGAAGCUGUUGUUUAUGCACUUAUUGAAAUUCUGCAUUCUCUUUUAUUUUUGAAGUGCUCUGGUUUUCAAAAUUCUCAAAUUAAUACUAUAUCUAAGUACUACUUAGAUUUCUUACUAUGUGAAGAUGUAGCUGUCAGUUAUACUGCUAAAUUAGCACUUUCAAGAGCUUUAAAACCUCUUGUUUUUGGAAAGAAUAAUCAAAAUUUAGUUCGUGGAGAUCAUUCUUUCAAGGAAUCAGUAAGCAAAGAACCUGAAAAUGAAGAACAAGUUAUUCAAGAAUCUCCAGAAGAAAAUAUCUCAUAUGAAGUUGAUGAACCAAUCAUUCUAUUGGAUCCAAGAGUUGAACCACAAGAACAUGAUCGUCAAAAUAUGGAAGUUUUAAUAGGAAAUGUUCAAUUUCCUGGUCUUAUUAUUCCACCUGACGCAGAUGAUGAUGCAAUGGUCGAAUUAGCUAUUGCACUUAGUCUUCAAGACAAUGACGGAAUAGAAAAUAAUGUAGAGUUAGAUAAUAAUAUGAGGCAAGAAUUUGAGGAACUACAAGCAUUAGGAAAUGCACCUGCUGCAUUACAGAACAUGCAAGAAAAUUCUCUCAAAAUAAUUAUAAUGGCCAGAGUUCUGAACACAGUCUAUGCAACAAGCAAUUUGAGAACAUCUCCUACAGAAAAUAAUCAAAAUGAUAGAGGAGAGAUUGAUGAAGAAACAAUUUUUGACCAAGAUUUUGAAAUAAAUAAUCAUUUACACACUUUAAGAUUGUCUUUGUUGGAAAAAUUUAUUAACCACAUACCAAAUCUUCAUAACAUUGGAGGUACAAGGGCUAUACCGUUUUUCCAAGUGGUUUCUUCAAUUGUGGCAGAUAUGGAUUUGAAUAAUGAAGGAGAUAAGGAAUAUUUUACCGAACUUAUGCAAAUGUUUAUAACAUAUAUUCGCCGAGAAACAUUAGAUGAUUCUAAUUUACAUAUAAGAAAUUCACAACGAGAAAUAGUCAUAAUUAUUAUGCGUUUUAUUGGUGUUUUAUUAGCAAGACCUAAAUCUAGCUCUAAAUCAUCAUCUGAUCAUACAACAUAUAUAUCUCAAACAGCUGCAUCCAUGUUAAAACAUGCACAAUUUAUAACCAAUUGCCUAAAAGCAUUGAAAGCUUUACAGGAAUAUUGGGCUAGUUUUAGUGAUAAUGAUGACAGUGGUGCCAAUGUGGUUAGUGUUUUAUUGGAACCAAGUGGUCCUUCACGUGUUCCAGAUAUGAGCCCAUUUUUUUUGAAGCCCUACUCAGUUAGUCAAACCAAAGAUAUCUUCCAUAAUUACCCUAUAAUUUUGACUGAAAUGCUUUUACGAUUACCAUAUCAAAUACAGAAAAGUUGGUCGCAGUUGUCGUUUGAACCAGAAUGGUUGACUGUACUAUGUGAAUUCAUGAGUUUAAAAACAAUUAAUCCAUUUAUUAAACGUCAAGUUAGAAAGUUACUAUUAUUCGUUUGUGGAAACAAGGAUAAAUAUCGGCAGAUUAGAGAUAUGCAUGCUUUAUCGACUAGUAUGAAGAAUUUCCAAGUCACAUGUGAUAUUGGAGAUCAGAAUACUCCGCAGUCUCUUAACUUAACAUAUGACAAACUUGUUGAAUUAGUGGAAGAUGUAAAAGUUUGUGUUGACAUUGCAUCAAGUCGUAUGCUGAAUUGGCAACUAUAUUGUCGCAAAGAUAACACAGUAUUAUUGUAUUUAAUGCGUGCAGCAUGCUUUUUAGAUGAAGGUGUAUCAUCUACAAUUCUGCAUUUGCUUCAAUACGCUAUUUGUGGUGCUAAAAACCAGUCUGGAACUCCUUCUGCAAAAGAAUCUAAAACUAAAGUGUCUAAAGUAGCAGAAGACAUUGAGAAUGCUAUGCUCGAGGAAGCUCAAUGCAUGAUACUAGUUAAAGAAAUGAAUAAACGAUUAAAUAAGGAUAUUUUAACAAGAUUUGUUAAAACAUUUUUACUCGAAACAAAUUCUACACAUAUUCGUUGGCAAGCUCAUGCUCUAGUAUUGUCAAUUUAUAGAAAUUCAGAACAUGAUGAUCAAGAAAAAUUACUUGAAAUGUUAUGGGCUCUAUGGCCACAAUUACCCACAUAUGGAAGGAAAGCAUCUCAAUUUGUCGAUUUAUUAGGUUAUUUCAGUUUUAAGUACAACCAAAAAGCAGCUACAUCUACUAAAUAUGUUGAACAGGCAAUUGAGUUAUUAAGAACACAAAACUAUAAACUGGCAUGCCACCCUAAUGCUAAUUUGUAUACUCAAGUAUCGCAAUAUGUUGAUUUAGAAGGAUUUUAUUUAGAAAGUGAACCAUGCAUGGUUUGUAAUAACCCUGAAAUACCCUUCACCAAUAUCAAGUUGACUUCCAUAAAGGUAGAUUCAAAGUUCACUACUACUACUCAAAUUGUUAAGCUAAUGGGAAGUCACACUAUUAAUAAAAUAGUGUUACGAAUAACUGAUUUAAAACGCACCAAAAUGGUGCGCACAAUGAAUAUAUUUUAUAAUAACCGUUAUGUACAAGCCGUGGUGGAGCUUAAAAAUAAACCAGCUAUGUGGCAUAAAGCUAAAGAAAUCACAUUAACAUCAGGACAAACUGAAGUCAAAGUCGAAUUUGCUGUACCAAUAGUUGCGUGGAAUUUAUUAAUUGAGUAUUCUAGUUUUUACGAGAACUUGCAUGCCUCUUCAGAGACUUUACAGUGUCCUAGGUGUAGUGCAACGGUGCCUGCAAACCCAGGUGUUUGUUCUAACUGUGGUGAGAAUGUUUUCCAAUGUCAUAAAUGCCGUGCUAUAAAUUAUGAUGAAAAAGAUCCCUUCCUCUGUCAUUCUUGUGGUUUUUGUAAAUACGCUAAAUUUGAUUAUGUUUUAACUGCUAAGCCUUGUUGUGCUGUUGAUCCUAUUGAGGAUGACCAUGAUAGGAAUAAGACUUUAAGUUCCAUCAAUUCAAACUUGGAAAAAGCUGAUAGGUUAUACAAACAACUUGUAUCGUCUAAACCUGUAUUAGAGAAUAUGUUAGUAAAAGUUAUGGAAAAUCGUUUGGAAAAAUCUAAUAAUACAAAUGCAGAAGAAAGCCAAAGUCCAAAUGUUGUUCCUGUCUCAGGAUUUGCUGCUGUUGUAAAUGGAGCUAUGAACAAUAACAUUUCUUCUGGACCUGUACAUCAAGUAAAUAGAUCUAUUCAAUUGUUGGCACAAAAGUAUGGUUCUGAAUGCCGUAAUACUUUUGAAGAUCUCAGCCGCAUUGUUCAAAAAGUUUUGGCAAGUCGUAAAGAGUUAAUAGCAUAUGAUCAAAAACAACUGGGACAAGUUAAAUCCACAAUUCGUUUGAACGGCAGUAUUAGUUCUCUUUCAGUUUCUGAUUCUGUAAUACCUGUUUCUCAAAAUGUAUCAACUGCAUGCUCUUUGCCAAGUACAAGUUGCUAUGGGUGUAUAACAGCUGCUUUAGAACAUUGUUUUGUUAUGUUACGUGCUCUUGCUACAAACAUGACGUUGCGGAAAAUACUAUUGCAACAAGGACUUAUUCAAGAACUGGUUGAAAAUAAUAUUAGAAGAGGCUCAGUUCAAACUCAGGAAGAAGUAAGAAAUCUGCUUUGUAUUUUAAUACAAGAUAAUCAAAAGGCUACUGAAGAUUUAUGUGGAUUGUUGAGUCAAAGAAUAUCACUUACAAUUCGAGGACCAAUUGCGAAUGCUGACCUAGCAUUUGCUGUGAGACCUGAGAUAUCUUUACUGGCAACAAUGCUGUACAAAGAAGAUUCAUGCUGGGAACAAAAAGCCAAAUGUGUAAUGCAGCUAUUCUUUAUGACAUGCAAAGAAUUCCAGUCUUCAGCAAUUGUUACUUACAUAACAUUACCAUGUUUAAAAAUGAUGCGUAAUAUUAUAAAGCCACCAACUUCAUCUUCUAAAGUAAACAAGGAUAAAUCUACUGAAGUUUUGUCAACUGUUCAAAUGUCAGAUCAUUUAAUGGUUGAUUUUAGAAAAUGGGCUAAACAAAGCCCUGAGCAUAUGUUUAAUGCAUGGCGUCAACGACUUCAAAAGAAAACACCAUCAGAUGCUCCCCUUAAAAAUAAGCCAAAGUCAAAGAAUGAAAUCAGACAAUAUUACUUGGCUUCUAAAUAUUUUAAGAAAUGGAGAUUAUAUUCUUUAAGAGAUAUUGCUAAACCAUUCCACCUAACAGAGUCUUCAUGGCUAAAGCAUUUCUUAUUCUGUUCGAGUACACGAUUAUUAAGACAAGUUGCUUGUGCUAUAUUUGAAGGUAUUGCUCAAGUACCAGAAAGGAAAAAAGAGAUUUUAGAUCUUCUGACAGGGUUCUUAACAGAACUAGGAAGUGCAGGAGAAAACUGUGCUGAAUUUUUAGGUUUAUAUCAAAAUCUCAUUCAGCAAACUCCUUGGAAACAGUACUUAGCAUUACGAGGAGUACUUAUUAUGAUAUCCGACAUAAUUACAAAAGAAAUAAAACAUUUGCAUUAUUUAGAGGAAACUACAUUAACUUCAGAUUUAGCUCAAGGAUUUGUCUUAAAAAGUUUAACUGGACUGUUAGCAUCAUUUUUGGAAGUUGAGAGCAUAAAACAACAAUACAAAGGAAGACUUGUAGGCGCUAUUUUAAAUGGAUAUCUUUCUCUCCGUCGUUUAGUUGUUCAAAGAACACGUCUAAUUGAUGAAACACAAUCUCAACUUUUGGAUCUUCUUGAAGAAAUGACGUGUGGAACGGAAACAGAAUCAAAAGCAUUUAUGGCAAUCUGUGUAGAAACAGUAGAAAAAUGUGAUUUACAGGAUGUCCGUACUCCAGUUUUUGUGUUCGAAAGAUUGUGUUCAAUAAUUUAUCCAGAAGAAAAUGAUGUUGGUGAAUUUUAUAUGAAUCUAGACAAAGAUCCUCAACAAGAAGACUUUUUGCAAGGCCGCAUGUUAGGUAAUCCAUAUAGUUGUAAUGAAUCUGGUCUUGGACCUCUAAUGAGAGAUGUCAAAAAUAAAAUCUGUCAGGAUUGUGAACUGGUUGCUCUAUUGGAAGAUGAUAAUGGCAUGGAACUUUUGGUCAACAAUAAGAUUAUCAGCUUGGAUCUGCCUGUUAAAGAGGUGUACAAAAAGAUUUGGUUGCCCGAAGGUGGGGACAAUGAAGCAGCCAUGCAUAUUGUUUAUCGCAUGAGAGGAUUAUUGGGAGAUGCUACCGAAGAAUUCAUUGAAACGUUGGAUGCCAAAUCUGAUCAAGAAGUCAAUAACGAAGAAGUUUAUAAAAUGGCUAAUGUGAUGGCAGAGUGUCGUGGUCUGGGAGUUCUAAUGUAUCGUCUAUCUACAAUAAAAGAUCUGUCAAGAUCACGUCCACUCCUCCAAGUACUCCUUAAAUUACUUGGACUUUGUGUUAAAGUUAAACAUAAUCAAGAAAUAUUAACUGAACCUAGACUAGGAUCCAUCCCAAUCCUUCUUAGUACACUUGAGUUAUGUUUAAGUAAUGAAGCUGAUGGCUUGUCAAACACGUCACUUACUGAACAAACUCUUGAUAUUUUGGAAACAAUAUUAUCAAAAGCCACUUCAAAAGGCCCUGAGACAUUUGCUAGACUAUCAGAGACUUUUGGCCCUGAUGACCAUAUUCGAUAUCUUCUACACUGUGCAUCAAAUGCUCGCUAUACAAUUGUUCAGCAUCUAACUCGGGUCUUAGCUGCUCUUACAUACAAUAAUAAAGCCAAAAUGAUUAUUCUCAUGGAUCAUUUUGCUUCAGUGAUUUCUGAUUUUGAAAAGUUUGAUGACGUCCACUCUGCUCAAGAUGAACAAAUGAUGAAUCUGUUUUGUGAUUUGACCUACGGCAUUGAAAAUAAUUCACUUGGAAAUACAUUAAAAGAUUAUAUUCUUUCUCUUGGGGUUAUUAAUAAUGUUAUCCAAUAUAUAUCACGCCAUGCACCAACAGUAAAAGCAACAUUAAACAAGAACAAUGAUAAAGAUGAAUGGAAAGAAUUCAUUUCUAAACCUUCGUUAAAAUAUAUUUUAAGAUUUUGGACUGGAUUAGCUAAUGGUCAUGAACCAACUCAGACUGCUGUUUCUGAUGAAUGUAUUCAUACAGUACAUUGCUUAGAACAAGUGUCGUCAGAUGAACAUGUUGGAUCUCUUGCUGAAAAUUUAUUAGAAGCAUUAAAAACAAAUCCAAAAAUGGCAGAAAAAAUAGAACAAGUUCGUGAACAAACUAAAGCAGAGAAAAAACGAUUAGCGAUGGCAAUGCGACAAAAACAACUUGGACAAUUAGGGAUGCGUACUAAUGAAAAGGGUCAAGUAACUGCUGAGACCUCGUUAUUGCAACAAGUAGAAGAUUUAGGAGAAGAGACGGGAUUAGUGUGUGUCAUUUGCCGUGAAGGAUAUAAAUUCCAACCAACCAAAGUAUUAGGUAUUUACACAUUUACCAAGAGGUGUGUUGUUGAAGAACAUGAAGUGAAAGCUCGUAAAACCAUUGGAUACAGUACUGUAACACAUUUCAAUGUUGUUCAUUUUGACUGUCAUAUGUCUGCAGUUAGACUUGCAAGGGUUCGAGAUGAAUGGGAAUCGGCUGCUUUACAAAAUGCAAACACAAAGUGUAAUGGUUUAUUGCCAAUGUGGGGUCCAUCAGUUGCUGAAUCAGCAUAUGCAAAUUGCUUAGCCAGACAUAACUCAUAUUUACAAGAAGCUACUGGUCAAAGAGAUAUAAGUUACAUGCAAACAGUGCACGAUCUUAAGUUACUUUUAUUCAGAUUUGCACAAGCAAAGAGCUUCCACGAAGACACUGGAGGUGGUGGACCUCAGUCAAAUAUGAACCUACUUCCAUACCUCAUGCACAUGGCAUUAUAUGUGAUUAACACGACUAGGCGAUCCAGUGCAGAGGAACGUAAUUUAAAUACAUACCUAGAGCCUAAGUCUGCUGACCAAUUGAUUGAUAGUUUUUAUGAUACUGAAGGUCCAUUAUACUAUCUCACAAUGGCCAUUAUGUUAACUCCAUACUCAAAAUGGAUGUUGACAAAUCGUCUAAUACAUUUAAAUAGAAUAAUAUUGAUGGCUCAUGUUCAUCAUACUAAUUCCUCUAUAGCACCCAAAGUACAUUUUGUGCCUUUGGCUCCUCAUGAUUAUACUGCUUACAAAUCAGCUCUUAUGUUCUUUGUACUAAUCAAUAAGAUGUAUGAAUGUUAUUUCAAGACCGUCGAGGUUUCCGAAAGUAAAAGUUGGUCUGUUAGCUUAGCUGACUAUAUUCGUCACAAUGAUGAGACACUGCUCAAAUCAUCAGAAAUGAUGAUGAACGCUUUAAGUGUAGAUUUCUUACCUUGUACCUCAUUUGAAGAACUUUGUGAUGCUGCAGGUUUGAAUUUAGCAGACCCAUCAAAUCACAUCAAAAACAUCUUAAACACUUACCUCCGUCAAUGA